UGUCAUUUUCCGAGUUUUCCAAUUCGCAGCUUUUGCUGUGGAAAAUCUUUAUUAAAAUGAAAUUGAGCCUAGUUAUAAAAAUGGAUUACAUUUAAAUUACGAAAACGAGUACAGGGGACCCUAUAUUUUAUAUCUUCACUAUUAUCUAAAGGUCUUGUUGGAACCAUGCCGGAACAUUUGGAGCUGCAGCACCUUGUGGACUUGUCCGCCGGAAGCGGGGACGAAACUAUACCGAAUCUACUUGAAAAUAAACGGCCGCUUAUCAAGAGAUGCCCUUACCUCGGCCUUAUACUCGCCACCCUGUCAUCACUGUUCUUCUCACUGUGCUCUGUAAUCGUUAAAAGUCUCGUCAACAUUGAUCCAAUGCAGCUGGCUAUGUUCAGAUUCAUAGGUGUAUUGCUACCGACAAUACCUAUAGUUAUUUACACUGAACAACCUAUAUUCCCUCAAGGAAAACGCGUCCUUCUGGCUCUGCGCUCCGUCGUGGGCACUGUGGGCUUAAUGUUAAGUUUCUAUGCCUUCCGAAACAUGCCAUUAGCUGAUGCUUCAGUUAUAGUAUUUUCUGUCCCAGUGUUUGUAGCAUUAUUUGCUAGAGUAUUUCUAAAAGAACCAUGUGGAAUCUGGAACACAAUCUCAAUAAUAUUAACGUUAAUAGGCGUAGUGUUGAUCACUCAUCCACCAUUCCUCUUUGGUGAUGAUCCCUCUGCGGAACACAAUGAGAAUUACAGUAAACUCCGAGGUGCCGUCGCUGCAUUUGUAUCAACAAUAUUUGGGGCAAAUGCCUAUGUAUUAUUACGUGUCUUGAAAGGCUUACAUUUCUCAGUUAUUAUGACAAACUUUGGUGCAAUUGCUAUAUUACAAACCUUGUUUUAUUCCCUCAUUUUUGGGGUACUGUGUAUGCCAAAUUGUGGCACAGAGAGGUUCUUAGUUGUAUGCUUGGCACUCUUCAGCUAUUUAGGUCAAAUAUUAUUGACUAUGUCUUUGCAAAUGGAGCAGGCAGGUCCGGUGGCAAUAGCACGUUCGGCAGACAUAGUGUUUGCUUUUCUAUGGCAAGUAAUGUUCUUCAAUGAAAUACCAAGUAAGUUCUCGGUGUUAGGGGCCAUCUUGGUGUUAAGUUCGGUAAUGUUGGUAGGACUGCGCAAAUGGGCGCUAGCUCUUCCAGCAGACUCACAGUUACGUAGUAAACUGGGUGUCUUAGCACAAUAAGAUUUAAAAACUAAAGUUUACUUAGGAAUCCUCACCUCUUCACGCGUGCAUUGAGAUAGAACCUGCUACGUAUAAAGAAUUUUACACUUAUUGUUUAAGAAGGACCCUUACCUUUUUGGUAAAGAUUGUAUUUUCAGCCAAAGGCUAAAGUUUUAAGUGUUUUACUAGCCUAAUUUAAUGCUACACAUCAUAGUUACCAUUAUUACUGUGUAAGUAAAGUAUUACCUUGCUUUUAAGUAUAAGUAAGAAUGAGGUCACAAUAAUUAAUUAUAAAGUUUGUACUUAAGUAACCUUUCACCCUAAAAAGACUGUUUAUGUAAGUCCACUUCAACUUGAGUUGUGUAUGUUGGCCUAUUCAAUUUACAUUCACUGUCCUAAGUUAAUGGGCCCUGGGUAUACUUUGAUAACAUUGUUUUGUACUCAAACAUCAAUAUGAGAGAUUAGUCUCUUAGAUUUAGUAGAUUAAAGGCGAAUUGACUUGAAAAUCUUAUUUCAAGUGUACUGUCUUGAAAAUGCAUUCGGUAUAGUGAACUUUAAAACUGAAUGUUAGUGCUCAAAAUUAAGUGGUGCCGCCAUCGUUCCGAAAUCGUACCGAUUGUUCCACAUAUUGUCAGUAUAUAGGUAUUAUAUGUAGGGCCUUGCUUUUGUCCACUACAACCAUCCGAUGAUGGCAGCUAUAGUUACUUUAUUCUUAACCUUAAUACGUCCUUUUAUUGCUCUAAAGCUAACGUGUGAUUGCUGUAGGUAUUUAGAUUUUUCUUGCACAGAUCUCAAUAUAAAUGUGUAGCAAUUUUGACUAAGAUAAUUAUGUUAAUAUGACAUUUAAGUAUUGUAUGUGUUACUUCAAAAGGUGCUCCCACAAGUUACAUAACAUAACAAAGUUAUAUUAUGAAUGGAAAUAUAAUAUAAACAGCCUGUAUGUCCCGUUGCUGGACCAGGCCUCCCCUCAAUAAACUGGAGAUAUGAAUGAAUAGAUGGUGAAUUAAUUAAAAUGUUACGUAACCAAUAUGUUAUAUCAUGGGAGCAUCAGAAAACUAAAGACAACUCUAGUUGGUGUAAAUUAAUUGUUAUUAAUUUAUUUAAUUACUGUGUCUACAUAUCACAUCUAUGUGUUUCCUAUUUGACCUUGUAUGUACUACUUUAUUGAUUGUUGUGGAAAAUUUUUAGGCUUUUUUUCAUUUGUUGUAUGUAUUAUCGUUUAACAAGUUUGUAGAGACACCUCAAAUAUUUAUAUUCAUUUAUCUAACUUAUAAAAUAUUUUUAUCACAUUCUCUAUAAAUAGUAAAAUGAGAAAAUGAUUGUAGCCAAAUAGAAAAAUUGUUGACAUAGUGAGAAAAUAAUGUUUAAUUUGAUAUUUUGUUGAUUCUACUAACUUUAAUAAAAUGUAAGUAGUUCUGUAACCAAGCAGUAUACUAUAUUAUCUAGUCAGAUCACUGUUAUUUUUAUUGUUUACAAUUUAUUAUGUUUACUUGCUAAGCUUAGCAAUUCUCUUAUGU